GGGAACAGAUUUUAUUCACAUUGCCAUAGAAGGAAAGUGUUUGAUAGGUGAGACCCUCCGAAUUUACACCCAAAGACCAAUCCAAAGCAAGACACGAAAGACAACAAACUCUGUAAUUGGGCGAAAAAUGUUUUGGUUUCAAGGCGCCCCGCAACGAAGGUUAGUCAGUGUGAAUGAGGGGUUUGUGGAAACCGACUACACAUUAUUGAAUGUGAACCUCUCUUGCGCUCAAACCUUCCAGUCAGUGAGAAGUGCGUCUACACGGCAGGCAGAAGACGAUAGUAGAAAAUUACUUCCCUUUUAAGUACAAUUUUAAAUUCUACCGAAGCCGGACUGAAAACUUAAAAUGACGGUGAGGUGAUUCUCUCGCAACUCUGAAGAAAAAACACGAUAUUCUUGUGGAUUUGUUUGGAUCUAUGUGAGACUCUACGAAAAAAGACUGUGUAAUUCUUUUACUUUUUAUCUAGUCUUUAUCAGCGUUUUCCUCAGAAAUCUGCAUAUUUGCGUAACAUGAUUGCUUUUGGACUUCGAUUGACGCACUGUUGACGAAUAGGAGCGAUACGAGAAGAUUUUGGUCCCGUAUAAAACCUGUGAGCGAGAAUUGCUCUAAGGGAAAAAACUUUUCGGAGCCUUUAUUUGUAGUUUUCAUUUUUGGGGCAAAUCUAGUACUUGGCGCAUUUCCUCAAAAUGCAGCACUGUUGUGGGAUUUUCAAGCAUUUUCUUUUGUUUUUCUGCCUGACUCUACAGCCGACCAUCGGUCACUAUCACGGAGAAAAGGGGAUCUCCAUUCCCGAGCACGGCUUCUGUCAGCCCAUAUCCAUACCCCUCUGUACGGAUAUCGCCUACAAUCAAACUAUCAUGCCUAACCUGUUGGGUCACACCAACCAGGAGGACGCCGGACUGGAAGUGCACCAGUUUUACCCCCUCGUCAAAGUUCAAUGCUCAAUGGACCUUAAGUUCUUCCUUUGCUCCAUGUACGCGCCGGUGUGCACGGUGCUCGAGCAUGCCAUUCCACCAUGUCGCACCUUAUGCGAGCGUGCGAGACAAGGAUGCGAGGCUCUCAUGAAUAAGUUUGGCUUCCAGUGGCCCGAGAGACUCCGCUGCGAGAAUUUCCCGGUCCACGGCACGACAGAUAUAUGCGUGGGCCAGAACACGUCCGACACUGGAAGCCCGACCUCGGACCCAACGCCCUACGUUCCCGAACUGAUCACAUUACAACCGAAAGUGGACAGACCCAGCCACCAAUUUACAUGUCCACUGCAGCUGAAAGUACCCACUUAUCUCAAGUACUACUUCAUGGGAGAAAAAGACUGCGGUGCGCCGUGCGAACCGACUAAGCCCAACGGAUUUAUGUAUUUCCGAGAGGAAGAGGUAAAAUUCGGUCGGCUCUGGGUGGGCAUUUGGUCUUUUUUGUGUUGCGUUAGUACACUGUUCACAGUUCUCACGUACUUGGUGGAUAUGAGACGGUUUCGUUACCCCGAGAGGCCCAUUAUAUUCCUCUCCGGUUGCUAUUUCAUGGUGGCUGUGGCAUACGCCGCGGGUUUCAUCCUUGAAGACAACGUAGUUUGCAUUGACAAGUUUAAUGAUGAUGGUUACAAGACGGUGGCUCAGGGCACCAAGAAGGAGGGCUGCACCAUUCUUUUCAUGAUCCUCUAUUUUUUCGGCAUGGCGAGCUCCAUUUGGUGGGUCAUUCUGUCUCUUACAUGGUUCCUCUCUGCGGGAAUGAAGUGGGGUCACGAAGCCAUUGAGGCCAACUCUCAGUAUUUCCAUCUCGCUGCUUGGGCUGUGCCAGCGGUCAAGACCAUAACUAUUCUUGCCAUGGGCCAAGUGGACGGUGAUCUGCUCACUGGGGUGUGCUACGUUGGCAUCUACAACUUGGACUCUCUACGUGGUUUCGUCCUGGCGCCCCUCUUCGUCUACCUCUUCAUCGGUACCUCUUUUCUCCUGGCUGGGUUCGUGUCACUGUUUCGUAUCAGAACCAUCAUGAAGCACGACGGAACCAAGACGGAGAAGCUGGAGAAGUUAAUGGUGCGCAUCGGUGUGUUUAGCGUCCUCUACACGGUUCCUGCAACUAUCGUUAUUGCAUGUUAUUUUUACGAGCAGGCGUUUCGAGAGCAGUGGGAGAAGACCUGGCACAUGCAAACGUGUAAGCGUUUUGCCGUGCCUUGCCCGGUCAAUAACUUCGCCCCCAUGUCUCCGGACUUCACCGUCUUCAUGAUCAAAUACCUGAUGACCAUGAUCGUAGGAAUCACCUCUGGUUUUUGGAUUUGGUCUGGGAAAACGUUGCAGUCCUGGCGCAGAUUUUAUAAAAGACUCAGUAAUAGCAACCAAGGUGAGACAACUGUAUGAGAAAUGUUAAUAGUUUGUGUCAAUUGUGUCAAUGAUCAUGCAACUUUAGUCAGAGAUACGUGUCUCAAGCCGUGAUUACACAAAAACGUGACUCGUAGACUGAAUGAUAUGGACACUAUAAUGUGUUUAACAAUUUUCACAAAAGGAAACGGACCGCUUGACCUCAAAAACGGUGUUAUCGAGUCUGUUUUAACUGUGGAUUUGCUUAUAUAUGACAUUCGACUAUAUUUCUGUGUAAUACGACAUAAUUUACAGAUGUGACGUAUACAUUUCAUGCCACGCUGCGGCUGGUUCUUUACCUGAAAUUUGGAACUUGCCUUAUAUGUAGGCUACCAUCCCUUGUUUUAAAUAGGGACUUGUAUAACUUUAAUGCGAUCUGUUAACGAUCAUGCAUACUUCUUUGGCACAAAUGGACCGUCAAAUCCGUAGGACUUGGAUUGUGAAAUGCAUGUUUACAGCUGUGAAUUUAUGCAAGCUCCCUUUAAACUAUGUAACGUGUAAAUACGCCCUUUUCUUAAAGAAUAUAUGUAUUUAUGAAAGUAAUCUUGCUGUUUUUAACUUGAUUCAAAUUUUUGAUUAAAUUUGGUAAGAUAACUUUGUAUCUGUACAGUAUCGCUGAAUAAAAUGAUUAGAUUUUU